AUGAAAUCCUUCAGACCAAUCCUCUUUCUUCUCGUCUUCCUCUUCACCUGGCUGGGCUCCAAGGCCGCCCCUUGGGUCUCACUGCCUGUGGGCUCCGACUUGGGGAUAGACCACCCCUCCCAGCCCUACCCUCCGGCUUCUGAAAAUUCCACUCUCUAUGGACCUAACCCAGAAUCCCCAGGGGCUGCUUAUCCCGAGCCCUCCAAGACACCUCAUGUGAUUUCCUCUGAGCCCUCCCCCCUUGCCUUCACUGAGACCCCCAAUACUGACCUCCAAGAAACCCCCCAUCAAGAGCUUCCUAAGGCCCCCAAACCUAACUCAUUCAACACCUCAACACCAGAAUCCCUGGACACCUUCCAAAUCAACCCCUCCAAAAUGAUAUAUCCAGAACUAUCUGACACCCCCAAAGCUGACCUGACUGAACUUCCACACACACAAUAUCCUGAGGCCUCUACACUUAAUCCCUCUAAAAGCUCACAUCCAGCAUUUUCUGAGACCCCAAACCCUGACCCUACCCAAACUCCACACCAAGAAUCCCCAGAGAUUUCCAAGGUUAACUCCACAGAAAUAUCACACACAGAAUCCUGUGAGAAUCUCAACUCUAAUCCCUCUAAAACCUCACACCCAGCAUUUUCUGGGACCCCAAACCCUGACCCUACCCAAACGCUACAUCAAGAAUUCCCAGAGAUUCCCAAACUUAGCUCCCCUGAGAUAUCACUUGCAGAAACCCCUGAAACCCGAAAUUCUGACCCCACCAAAAUCUUUGACCUCAAGUCUCUGGAAACCCAUGACCCUGACACCCCAAACUCUAAAUUCCUCCAGACCCUCCAUCCUGACCCUACUGAAACACCCCACCCGGCAUCUCAUGUAGGCCACAAACCCAACCCCACCGAGAUUCCCCAAACAAAAUUCCCCACAACCCUCUACCAAGACUCAACAGAGAUCCCCACAGCCUCUGACCCUGAAAUCUCCACUAGCCUUGCCCCAGAAACUCCUGCACCCUUCAAAGAAGAAGUUACUGCUCUUAAUGAGCAAUCCCUGAAUCCCAAAUCAGAAGCGCUUGCAGCCACCCAGCCCACCGCCCUUAAAUUGCCCGCCUCAGAUUCUCCGGGGACAGUUGAUCUGAAAGCCCCCCAGAACUCUAGCCCUAAAGGGCCCGACGCCCCUCCUCCCUCAGCCCGGAUUGCGGGGCCCCCUGCUCCUCCAGGGCCCCCCAAUCAGCAGGCCCCAGGCACUCCGCGGGCCCCCCAGCGGCGCAGCCGAGGUGAGAGAGUCAACACUAUCAUCGUGUUGGAGCGAGUACAGGAGACCGGCGUGACCCUGGUGGGGCGUCCCCGGGGCGCAGCAGGCGGGGCCCUCUGCCUGUUCCUCGCCGGGAUCGGGCUGCUCAUCGGCAUUUUCCUGGUGCUGUGGUGUCUCCACCGCCGGGCGGCUCGACACCGGCCCUUCGCACACCACCGCCUCCCGAACGACGGAGAGGAACCGGUUAUGCAUUUGGACGCCCCGAAGGAACCCUACGACCUCUACUUUUAUGCGCCGGACGCCUGGGUCCCUUCACACAUCGCUACCAAGCAGCCACCGCCCACCCCCCCGCUGCCGCCCAAGCUGCCUCCGCCGCCCCGCGGGGGCCGCCCCCAGCGCCUGGAACCGCUCUCCCCUGCCACGCUCCCCAACAACUUCCUGUGA